CGCUGUUUGCAUCACCGAGCAGUGUCCAAGAAAGUACUACAUCCAAUUGUUUGAUGCUACUUUCACCCCCUCCAAUCUAAUUCAAAGAUGGAUUCACGCUCUUGGAUGUAAUACUUUCUUGGUCACCCCUCUACUGUCUACAACUUUUACGGGUAAGGUCCAAAACAGGUACAGCAAUAUCUCUCAAGCUGUCGCUAUAGAAUGCCAUUUAGUCCCGGCUUAUUAAUAAAUGAAGAGAUUAAUAAAGGUGUCAAAUUAGGCUACAAGGAUACAAACAUUGAAAACAUAACAGCUGCCAUUUAGUAAGGAUGUCAUGUCUACAAUGGUGACAUGUAAAGUCGGAUAAACUGACCUCAGUCCAUGAUUCUUUUUUGGGCUUAAUCAGCCUAACAAUGUGAGUUUGUGUCGAGUGAGUUUGUGUGUGUGUUGAGAUGAAUACAAAUUCUUCCCGUACAUAUGUUGCAUACAAACUGAACAAUUGUGGCCCCUUUAUUUUAUUCAUAAAGGUUCAGUGUAUCUUUGCCAGCCUACAUCAAUCUGCAAAGGAGUUGCAGAAAAGCCUCAUGUUCAUCGAGCCGUGAGUCACACAUGAUUUUUAAAGCUGUUAUGAAUAAUAAUAAUCCAAACAAUUGUUUUCUUUCCGGAAGUUGUAUCUUUUUUUUAGCAUCACAACAAUGGAUAUUAAAAUCUUGGAAGUAGUUGCAGCUUGAAUUAAGACGUUGCCUGGUUGCGUUGAAAGCCACGUUUAUUGUCAAGCAGAGACAAUAUUAGCCAUCGAAAAGCUCUGCACAGAUCUUUACAAUCUUACUUGUGUAUCAUUCCACACUUCCUUACUACAGGUUUGAGCAAGAACUGUUCCCCAUUUAUACUUUCCUACAGCGGGUUUAAAAUUCUGCAGCUGAGGUCUUGGAGAAUGCAGAUGGGUACAGUAUGUUGCAGCUCGCAGUGUGUAUAAAGCUAACAUUUUUCUUGGGUUUUCUUUCAAUGUUCCAUUUGUGUCAGGGACUUCGUUGGCGCCAACUAUAGCCUAGGCCUGAAUCUAUUUUAAAUGGUCUCAUUUUGUUGAAGUUAGGAGAUCUAGCUGAUGCCGUAACAGCUGUUGCAGUGACACAGCACUGUUAAGCUGAGUGACAAUGUCAUGAGACCAAGCGAUCGUCAUGGGCCUGUCCCUGUCAAUCACUAAAAACACCCAUACAGUAGGCUUACAACCAUUUGGCUGUUGAUUUUUCUAUAGGCCUAUAUUCUUCAGUUGAACAGGUGCUUUCAGAAUGCCAUGACGAGAGUGUCAAGUCACAGUCUUAGCACAACCAUAUUCUUAAUGUAGUAUCGAGGCUCUGGUAACAUCAGAAAAUACAGCAAGCCUUAAGGGACACACCACUCUUAUCCCAAUGCAGGCCCCAUUGUUUACUGACUGGUAAACCUGGGUCCGGUUUAAGCACGUGUUUUUACAAAGCCACAUUUUGGGAUAUCUUAAGACAAAGUGGAUGUUGUUGAGUACUGUCCAAAGGCACACAUCCUGUCACUUGAUGCAUUCUAGCGGAAUAUAUCUAUGUUCAUUUCACCCCAAUAAAGAGAAUACCAAGAUGCAAUUGUAACAAAAAAAAGGUCAAAUCUUUGCCCCUUUACCCUAAUAUGGGUAUAAAGCGUUGGAUACCUCGCUCUAGUGGACCAAUAGCUAUGUGAGCUAUUUCUGACUGUUGCUUUUUGCAUGUUUCAGGGGACGAGACGCGGCAGAGGGUCAAGUUCACUGAUGAGCGGGUCUGCAAAAGCCAUCUCCUGAACUGCUGUCCCCACGACAUCCUCUCUGGAACUCUGACUGACUUAAUCGACAGCGUAUGGAUCUGGGAGAAUGUGCGAAGACCCACGACCUGGCGCUCCGGGCCGACUACGAAAUUGCCUCCAAGGCGAGGGAACUCUUCUUUGAGCUUGACGCUGUGGAUCACCUGGAGUCUUUCAUCGCUGAUUGCGACCGUAGAACAGAGUUGGCCAAGAAACGACUGGUGGAGACUCAGGAUGAGAUCAGUGCGGAGGUGGCUGCAAAGGCAGAGACUGUCCACGAGCUGAACGAAGAGAUCGGGAAGCUCCUGGCCAAGGCAGAGCAGCUGGGAGCCGAGGGGAACGUAGAUGAAGCCCAGCUGAUCCUACAGGAAGUGGAGAAGGUCCGCAGCAGGAAGAGGGAUGCCGAGGAGGAGUACAGAAACUCCAUGCCUGCCUCCAGUUUCCAGCAGCAGAAGCUCCGUGUCUGCGAGGUAUGCUCGGCCUACCUGGGUCUCCACGACAACGACCGUCGCCUGGCCGACCACUUUGGUGGGAAGCUGCACUUGGGAUUCAUCCAGAUCAGGGAGAAACUGGAAGCCCUGAAGAAAACGGUCAUUGACAAGCAGGAGAAGAGGAACCAGGACCGUCUCAAGAGGCGAGAAGAGCGAGAGAUGGAAGAGCGGAUGAAGACGAGGACCAAAUCACGGAGCAGGGAACAGAGCAGGGAACAUAGGUUAGUAUGGGCCCCCAGCCAUCUGCUGCCAUAUGAACUAUAUUAGAUACACAAUAUCAUUGUGCAUUCUCUCAACCAGCUUUAUGAGGUAGUCACCUGGAAUGCAUUUCAAUUAACAGGUGUGCCUUUAAGUUAAUUUGUUGUAUUUCUCUCCUUAAUACGUUUGAUCCAAUUAGUAGUUGUGGCUUUUUGACUGGUACUGUAUAUAUUUCAAGCAUUCAAAUAUAUCGGUAGUUGUUGAAUGUUGUGGGUGUGCACAAAGUCCUGCCAGCAUUUGUUUUAAGUGAUGGCUGUUGAUUGCAAUUCAUUUGAUUUUAUAUACAUAUUCUAUGACACAAUCCUAAAUAUACAAUUUAAGUGGUAGCUAUAGAAAGGAUAAAUGAAUGACCAUUGAAUGAACCAUAAACUUAAAGAAUAGAGCAUUUAAAUGUUUCUUUGUUUUGAUACUGUUAUUUUUAAACUGUCAGGAUUGCUGUGCGAUUGAGACACUGCUUAAUCAUACUUCCUGCAUACUGUCCUGGGUCAUGUUCAUUAGGCACCAAACUGAAGAAACCGGACUGAAACGGAGGGGUCGUCUGGAUUUGUCCAAUAAGAAAAGCACAUUUUUGCUCUCCCGUUAAAAACGUAGCGAAAGGUUUUCAAUUAGUGCCCUAAUGAACACAACUCGGCAUACUGCCUUAGAUUGGCUUCACUCUUCGAGGCUUCCUUCCCUUCCUAGAGGCUAUUUCACUAUGCUGGUCGCAGUAAUUUGCCAUUUAAAGUUGCAAAACAUAUUUAACAUACCAGUAACCAUAGUUCAGAUAUGUGCAGAACAGAUUAUAAGAUUGAUCAACUCAGACAUAUUGUUGUUUGACUGGAUCAGGACAUUUGGAAAUACAAAAGGAAUUUGGUCAGUUGUGAACAGUGAGCUCAUUUCUGUCAGCUUGUGAAAUACCCUUUGCUUCUAUAGUUGUGGCCUAGACUGACUGACAGGACAUUUGUCAUAAUACGGACAGGAUUUUCUCACGCUUUAGAUUUUAUUGUCCUUUGUGUUCACAAAUACAGUCUCUUUUUUUUUUAUUUUUUUUUUUAGAAUUUUACAAGUUUGUUCCAAGUUUUCAUGUCAUGUGAAGUCUAUGUUUGUGUAGUAGACAUGAUGGACUUUGCAUGUCUCCAAUGGAUUGAGUAGGAAAUGCUGUUUUGGAUUGAGAAUGACUGUAUGUGACCCUAGAAGUCAGCUAUGUUACCCAGCAAGUCAGCUACGUUACCCAGGUAGUGAGUUACGUUACCCUGGUUUUGGACUAUGACACCUGGUGCUGGGAACAAUAUCCUAAGUACCCGUUUAUGUUCAUUUUACUUUCCAGUAUUUUGAUGCUGAAUCCGCAGCUUGUACAUCUUCUGAAUAUGUUGGUUCAUGUAUGUCAGUCACUUGAAAUUGGAUGCAAACACAUAAAGGAAUGCAUAACUUUUCCUAAUGGGUGCCAGCUCUAGUAUUGGUUUGGUCUGUUUGCAUUAUUUUGCUAGAAGAUGAUUUUCUCUGAAGCCUGAAUAAAAAUCCCAGAAUU